GAGCCCACCCUGAGCUCACUCUGGGAACGACGGUCCCUACAGCAUAGAUCCGCCUGAGCCACAGAGCUGGAGGCACCAGCUGCUCCUUCGCCACCCACCCGGGCACACCUUCAGCCUUCCACUGCAGCCGCUCACCGUCCACCAUGGCCGAGGUGACCACGGUCCCCACUGAGACGCCGGAUCCCUUUAACGAGUUCGGCGACUACCACAACUGGACCCAGCUGCUCCAAUACCUGAACUACACCUUCACCUUCUGCGACACCCAUCUGGACGAGAACAUCAAGCGGGUGAUGCUCUUCAUCCUCUACUUGGUCAUCUUCGUGGUGGGGCUGGUGGAAAACAUUCUCGUCAUCUGGGUCAACUGGCACACCUGGGGCAACAAAAACCUGGUCAACCUCUAUAUCCUCAACAUGGCCAUCGCCGACUUAGGGGUGCUGUUAUCUCUGCCCAUCUGGAUGUUGGAGGCCAUGCUCGACUACACCUGGCUCUGGGGCAGCUUCCUGUGCCGCUUCACGCACUACUUCUACUUCGCCAACAUGUACAGCAGUAUCUUCUUCCUCAGUUGCCUCAGCGUGGACCGCUACGUCUCCUUGACAACGGCAUCCCACUUCUGGCACCAGCAUCAGCACCGGGCACGCCGCUUCCUCUGCUUCGGCAUCUGGGUCUUCGCCGCCCUCCUCCCCUUCCUGGAGGUGGCCCACACGCAGCUGUUGGACUCGGUGGAGCCCAUGUGCAUCUUCCUGGCCCCCUUCGAGACCUAUGAUGAGUGGGCCCUGGGCAUCAGCUUAGCCACCACCAUCAUUGGGUUCCUCAUCCCCUUCUCCAUCAUCGCUGUCUUUAACAUACUGACGGCCAGGUACAUCAAGCACUCCAAGCCGGAAAGCAGGAAGCACUGCCUCCUGAUCUACGCCUACAUCGUCGUGUUCCUAGUAUGCUGGCUGCCCUACCACAUCACACUGACCCUCCUGACCCUCGAUGGCAGCCACUUAAUUUACAGCUGCAACGUUGCCAACUUCCUCUACUUCUUCUACGACAUCAUAGACUGUUUCAGUAUGUUCCACUGCGUGGCCAACCCCAUCCUCUACAACUUCCUGAGCAAGAACUUCCGCGGCAAACUCAUCUCGGCUGUGGUGAAGUACAUCCCCAAAGACCAAAUCAACCAGAAAGGCGGGGACAAUUCCUCUUCCAGCACCCAGCACUCCAUAGUCAUUACCAAAGACAACAUCCCACCUAAUUAAACAGCCGCCGGGCUCUCCACGCAUUGCUGGCAGCUGGUCCCAGGGGUGGCCGGCUUCCUAAAUCAGACCCCCAAAAGAUUUCUUCCCCCGGCAAUAAGGCAAGACACUUUGCGUUUUGAUGGCAUUUUCUCCUUGCCACCCACGGCUCUGAAAGCUGGAGGGAGGGUAGAAAUGAGAUGCCGUGGAGAGCGGCAGAUGUUUUGCCUCUGACGUGCUCCUGUAUCAAAUCUAUUUAGCUAAAGAAACAGAGAGGAAGAGAUGUCCUAUUUUUCAAAGAAAUGCUCAUUGGUUUAUUACUAUCAAUUAUUCUGGCUACCCAGGGACCUCAACGCAAAUCCGGCCGCUUUGCUCUCCAGCUAAGCAAGAGUUGGAACAAGCAACGUUUUGCCACCAGCUUUUCCGCGACGCCUCCCUUUUGCUUGCCGAUGUGCUCCGGGUUUCCCACACCUGGAAGAGACCAGGCGUUAAGCUGCCUCUGUCAUUGAACGAUCUAGCUCAGAAAAAAGGGGUGGAAUUCUUUUCCUUCGGAACACAAAUCGAUCACUUCGCAGCCCCCGGCAAGAAAGAUGAGGGGCUGACCUCGCAAGGUGAAGCCAAAGGGAGCGGGAGCCACUCAGCACGAAGCAGGGAAAGCGCAUGGCGGUGCCAAUAGGAAACGGCUUUUGGAGAGCAACCCCAGAGGGAAAGAAGCAGGGAGGAUUAAGGUCGCAGUCCACUGUACAGACGUGUUUCCCGAAGGCUUUGUCUACAUUACCACUUUUGUCAGUCAGAGGUGUGAAAAAAACACACCCACCCCGACCGACAUAAGUUUCCCCGACAAAAGUGCUGGUGUGGACAGCGCUGGGUUGGCAGGAGAGGCUCUGCUUCCGACAUCGCUAAGGCCCCUCGUUGGGGGUGGUUUAAUGAGGCUGGCGGGAGAGCUCUGUUCAGCCCUGAGUGAAUUCGGCUAAAGCACGUGGGGAGGGGAAGGCAUGAAGGUAACUGGGAAUUAAUAAAUCACAAAGAAUCAAGCAAUCCACAGCCUUGGACCGUUACAAAUACGGAAAAACCAAUUGGACGGGAUCUGGGGAAAGGGUGCUUAGGGCAAGGAAAGAAGAGGCUGAUGGCAGGAUGUUCCCAGAGGCAGAGCCGUCCCUUGGGUAUGGCGAAUCGGGGCAACCGCUCCGGGCCCCGCGCUUUGGGGGGCCCUGUGCUUCAGUGUGCAUGUGUUGUGCGGGGGUCGCCAGGCCGGCCCGGGGGGUGUGGUUAGGGGUUCAGGGGGCUUGGUGCCUGCAGCGGGGGUCGGACUUGCACUCACUGGCUGGAAGCGAGUGGUGCAUUUCUUUUUCUUGCUCGGCAUCGGGGGGUUUGGGCUCAGUCUUGGGCAGCGGCAAUUCCAGCCUGCCCCGCCAGCUCCCGGUGUCGCCUGCCACCGCUACACUGGCUGCCAGUGUCCUCAUGCUGCCAUCCACUGUCCUUCCGCCCUGGACCCCCCUCUUUUCCGGGACCCCCCAGCACAGGCAGCUCCCUCGCACGUAGUACAGGUGCCUGGGACUCUCCAUCGUCCCUCGCCCCCCAGCACUGGUGUCCCCUCCCCACACCAGACUUCACCUGAUUUGUCCCAGGCCCCGUACUCCCCUGGGGACGGCCCUGCCCAGGGGUUGAAGGAAUGAAUCAGAGCAGACAAGAGAAGUGGGUGGGACCAGCCCUGCUUCUGGGAGAAAGUGCACUGCAUUCAUUCCCUGUCCCUUUGCCGUCUUGUUCACCUGGGAGGCAAAGGGCAGGGGCCUGUGGAUUUGCAAGAUGAAGGGGUUUCCAUAGUGAAUAAUUAGCCUCAUCAGGAGGGGAUUUUUUUUUUUUUUAAUUGCAAUGGAAAAUUACUGGUCUCUCGCCCACCCUGCCCCACCCCUCAAGACCUCACGUGAAACAGACCAUGUGACAUUUCAUGACAUUGUGACAGAUUAGAACGACGGCGGCGUCUGUAUCCCCUUUUGGAGCUGUACGAGCCACGUUCCCCCCCGCUCAGCGCUCCCCCGGGAAUGCCUCCAUGCUGCUCUUUAGCGGUCCCGCAAAGGGACGUGGGUCACUCCUGCUCCUCUGUCCCCAGCCCGGGGACCAGGAAUCUGCUCUCCCAAACAGCAGCAGGCCAGACACACAACCAGCCAAUCCAGUACCAUUCUCACUCCCAGCGGGCCUUUCGCUGGCUUCCAGCCCACACCUUGCUGCCUACGUAUAUCCGUAUUUGCCUGCAAAAUGCGCCCAUUCAUCUCCACCAAGGCCUUGCAUGCAACAGCUACGGGAAAAGGCACCGAGCCUUUAAAGAGAAGCAACUUGUGCCCGUUCCCCUCCUCCUGUUGUGCAAAGUUUAACAACUUGUACAGUGUAAAACAGCAGCACAGACUGUCGGCUCUUCGGGGCAGACACUUCUGCGUUUGCACAACACCUUAUACAGGUCGCUCCCGGCCCACGCGUGGAGCUAGGCUAUGAAAUUCCAUGCUGUGGUAAUCCAGAUUAUUACCACCACCACGGAGACGUUAACAGGAUGGCAGCCGCUCACCAAUGGCGAGGGCCAGAGAGCCAGUCCUGAGCUCCCCAGGAACGGUUCAUAGACGCGCCUUUGUCUGUCAGCUUUGCUAAAGAAAUGGAAGACCACUGCAUGAUAGUGUGUGACAGACCCGCUCUGCCCGGGUAGAAAUGUAUCCAAUUUCUUCAUGAUACCUAAACAUGUAAAGCUCUCUAUAUCUGACCUAUUAAACUGCAUUUUUAAAAACA